AUGCGUCGCUCACUUCUUUGCUUGUUUACAUUGGCGGAGAGUCGAUCGAUGUUUCUUGACGCAAUGGGUAUGCCAUUGCCAUGCCCCACAGCGACACUUCCGGAGACACUUCAGGUGCUUGCGGAACAUCAUCAUACCGAUACGGCUUUGGUUCACGCUGCGUUGGCCCGGCUACUGUCAUUGGACUCCACAGAUGCGGAUUCAGAGGUAAUUGCCUCAUUUAAACCACAAGGCACCAAACCCGUCACCGUUACGCAUGCGACGAGCGAGAGUGGCGCUACAAAUGAUGUUGUCGGGCUUCCAUCAUCACCGUCGUCACAUUUGAUGCUGCAGCUGAUGUUUUUGCAUGCCAACGAUACGGUUGUGCGUGAGCGCUGUUGCCGUUGCAUCGCCAACAUGUGUCAACUUUCAUCGUCUUCCUUGACUCGUUGUGUAGUGGAGCCAUCCGGCGUGAACUCGGAUAUGGACCAAGUGAAGCGUGAUCAUAGUGUCGCUGACGGGCUGGUUGAAGGGGGGGCGGUAGAGUUGGUGCUUGGAACACUCUCAAUGGCCUCUCGUUUGAGUACAAAGGGAAUUGUAUGGUCGUCACUGGCUCUUCUUAAUCUUGUCUGCCUCUCCUCUGAAGGGGUACAACGAGCAGCGAGGGCCAAGGGUGAGUCUUUAGUUGCAGAUGCCAUCGCAAGCAUGGCGCAUGAGGCCAUCGCGGCAGGAUCGCUCAGCGGUGAGAAUUGUGUUGCAAUGGACGCGAUGUUAGGGGCUCUUGCGCGACUUCUCACAACCGAGGCGGAUAGCAACAUGACGGGUGUUCACUACCGUUUUGAACAGGCGGCGUACGGAACGGUGGAGGCGGUAGGAUGGGCACUAUUCUGCCUCUCAGAGUCGGCUAUACGUGAUAUUCGAGGUUUCGAGGAAACGGAGGUGAUGAAUGGUGGAGGCAGCGGUGUUCGUCGCGGGGCCACAUUAUUUUUCCCUGCCGCAACGCCGUCGCAGCAGUCGGCUGUUUUGGCAUUUUUACCCCCGUUACACAAGGCGUGGAUGAUACUGAAGAGCCUUAGUGGCUGCAGCAGGAACAUGCCGAUUGUGUACGAGGCGCUCCACAUGCCAGGGGAUGGGGGCGGGCUGAGGACUAUGAUUGACGCUGUCUUACUCUUCGGCGUGGAACUGGAAGGCCUUUCCGUCGUGGGGGCCAUAGAAGAGGCCACGUUGCAGCAAAGCAUGCUUCUACAUGCAAUGGAGGCUUUUGUGGAUCUUUCUGCGACAAGAAAAGACUUGGGCCACCGCGCCUUGGCGGAAGCCGCCUCGUUGUCGGAUGCCGUCGAAGGGAGUCACUCCCGGGGUGGGAAGGAGAUGCCGGGUGAUGGGGGUGAGAUGGAGGGCAUCUCCGCGGUCAUUCCUACAGAGGCGGCACUGCACGUGACGGAUACAUUGGCUGCUGGCGUGGUAAGUAAUAUUGCGGUGUCUACCUUGGUGCGACUGCAUACAGCGCAGAAGGAAGAGGAGGCGGCAAUAGAGUAUACUCAGGGUGGUGGAAAAAAGGCCAAGAUACAUGUGUACAAUGGGGCUGUGUUUGAUCUGCUUGCCAAAUGUACGUUGACACUCGCAAACUUGGCCGGCCACGAUAUCGCCGUCGCGUCAUUGAACACAAUGGCCGUGCUACAAGUUAUGCUGCAAGAAGUCACCGAUUUUCUUUCUGCGGUUAGGGCUGAGCAUCGGGCGUCACCCGGUGAACUUUUUACCAGCGCAUCGCAGCAGGAGCUGAUGGCUCUGGUGCAGCAGUGUGCGUUGACGGGGCAGAUGUACGCCGCGCUGUGGGGUAUUCUCCGCACCCCCGACGGAGCACGUGCCGUGAGAGAACUGCAGCUGCACAGAACAGUGCGAGAGAUACAGACAGUGCUGGAGGCCAUGUACACAGAAGCCUUUCCAGAUGUUGAGAAUUCGGCGGGUGGGGCUAGUAAAAGGGUGGGCACGCAAGAAGGCUGCACGGCAACGCAGCGAUCUGCGGCACUUACAGCGACUAAAAAAACAACACCGACGAGUGCGGCUGUGGUGGAAACCAUGCGACAACUUAUUCCACUUGGUCAGAAGGUGCUGCAGUGUUUGCGUCUCGCAUUUGUUGAGGCGGGUUCCCGCUCAGAAGGAGUAAAUGAAACAGCUGGGUGCGACAAAGUGUGCCGAGGGCACCGUUAA